UUGUAGCUUGUUGUCGACAUCACUACGAUCACAGAGAGGUGUUUUUGUGCUUUAACUCCGUUUCGUCAGAGAGCUAUUGAGCCGGGAAGUCCGAAUCUGUGAAUAUCUUUCUAACUUUACUGAACUGUGCCCUGACGCGCUAACAGCCGCAGACCAACAGACCCGACGGGCGGAAGUGAAAGUAAAAGCGAGGUGUUUCCUGGUUCGAGCGGAGGAGGAGGAGGAGGAAGGGUUCCGACCUGCGCGUCCGAGGAGACAUGAGCGGCUUUCAGUUCGACAGCUUGUUACUGAACAUCUCCAACCAGCUGGCCCAGAAGCAGCUGGAUGACAUGAAGUUCCUGUGCAGAGGUUUUGUCGGGAAAGGGAAGCUGGAGAGGAUCACGAGCGGGAUACAGCUGUUCCAGGUGCUGACGGAGCUACGCCGACUGGCCGCCGACAAUACCGAGUGCCUGUCCAAGCUGCUCAAACACAUUCACCAGAGGGACCUCUCGGACAAAUUGGACAACUUCGAGAGCGGCGCGGGAUCCAGCGACGACCAGCCGGACGCGGCGGAGAGAGCCAACCUGGACCUCGCCACCGAGGUGAUCGCAGAGAACCUGGGAAAGAACUGGCGCAAGCUGGGCCGCAAGCUGGGUGUGACCGAAGGCAAGCUGGACUCCGUAGCCACGAACAUGAGGCACGCGGAUCUCGACGAGACAGCCAGGGAGCUGCUGAAAGUGUGGAGGAAGAGCCGGAGAGCCGAGGCCCGAACGUCCGAUCUGGUGGCGGCCCUGAGAGCCUGCCAGCUCGUCCUGACUGCCGAAAAAGUGGAGGAAAGACUUCAAACACCCUGAUGUCGACGGCACACUUAACGGAUGAGACUGACGUGUACUCUGGGAGUGAAAUGAGAUCCGUGUUUAACCUUGAAGAUUCAUUUUUUUAUAAUAAUCAUCUUCUGAUCAAUAAAUCGACUUCCUGAAUGUCAAAGAACAUGAUAAUAGAGUAAUGUUUCAUAAACAGGGAGCUGAAGGGAUGAACGCAACGUGUUAGUAAUUGUAAUGCGUCACCAAAUGAUCAUUCAACAUGGGGAUGUCUGCAGGUGGUGGUAGUGGACAGCGUGGCAGCACAGUGGUAUGAACAGUUUACGCUGGGUUACCAAAUUAAAGUGUAAAAAAAAUCAA